AUGUCGGACAGCGCAACUGGAGGGGUUGCGCCUAUCGCCAUCACAGUCGAGUUCACUGGUGGACUCGAAAUCUUAUUUGAUAAUAAGCGCAAAUACGCUAUUAACUUACCCGGUCAAUUGGAGGAUGGAAGCCAACCAAACAUCUCCUACCUGGUUCAAUAUCUCGUCGAGAAUUUGAUGAAGGACCAAAGGAAAGAGUUAUUUGUAAUGGAAGAUAAUGUCCGACCAGGUAUUCUCGUCCUAAUCAACGACGCUGAUUGGGAACUGGAAGGUGAAGAGAAGUAUGAACUGCAGCCAAGAGAUAAUAUUGUGUUUGUUUCAACAUUACAUGGCGGGUAG